ACUUACUUGUGACACCAUACUUGUGAUACUCGAAAGCAGCCUCUUUCCUUCUGGUUGGGCUGCGUGGUUUGUGUCAUGUCCGGUAAAUAUUGAUAGUGGACUCCGGCGGGUCAAGUUGCAUGUCGAAAUGUCUGCCACGUUGCGGCCGUACCUGACAGCCGUGAGGCACACGCUAAACGCUGCCAUGUGCCUUGAGAACUUCUCUUCACAAGUGGUGGAGAGACACAACAAACCCGAAGUGGAAGUCAGGAGCAGCAAAGAGCUGCUGCUGAACCCGGUAGUGAUCAGCCGCAAUGAGAAGGAAAAGGUGCUCAUCGAGGGCUCCAUCAACUCGCUGCGCGUCAGCAUUGCCAUCAAGCAGGCCGACGACAUCGAGCACAUCCUCUGCCACAAGUUCAUGCGCUUCAUGAUGAUGCGGGCAGAGAACUUCAUCGUGCUACGGCGCAAGCCUGUCGAGGGCUACGACAUCUCGUUCCUGAUCACCAACUUCCACACGGAGCAGAUGUUCAAGCAUAAGCUGGUGGACUUUGUGAUCAACUUCAUGGAGGAGAUUGACAAGGAGAUAAGCGAGAUGAAGCUGGCGCUCAACGCAAGGGCGCGCAUCUGUGCAGAGGAGUUCCUCAAGCGGUUUUGACAAACCCAGAAGGAGAGAGGUGCGGGGGUCUGCUGGCAAGCAACAUUUUUGUUCCACACCUAAUAUAUAUAUUAUAUGAAUCAUGUUAUUGUAAUAAACAUUUUUGGUAACAUA